GACUGCACACACCAUACGAGGUAGUCAUGUCUUUCAAGUUGUUAUAAUAACCAAAGUAGCAACUGCGCGUGUGCAGAAAGGCUUAGGUGGAGUGGUGUCUGUGUACGUGUAUGUAGACGCCUUCUGUACAUCUCUCUGUGUCAUUUCUCUUAAUUAAGACAUCAUGUCGGAUCUUGUCUCAGUUGCUGCGAUCAAGGAUCUUCUGACAGAGUGCCCAAUAUGUAUAGAACACUUUGAUGACGCAACACGAAUUCCUCGUCGUAUGCCAUGUUGCGUACAGUCCAUAUGUCAGCCCUGUCUGGAAAGCUACAGUGGAGGUGCUGCAACCCUAUCCUGCCCCAUGUGUCGACGGCGACAUAAUCUGCCUGGUGGGGUGAAAUCUCUGCCCAAAGAGACUGUCAUCCUGAAGACUCUGGACUACCUCAAGAUCCAGAAAGGUCUCCAUCUGCCAUGUACAGAUUGCCCUGACAAGGAAAUAGCUGUAGCUCAGUGUGACAACUGUGGAACAUUUUUAUGUUCCAUUUGCUUAAGUGCCCAUAAACGGAAUACGGUAUCAAAGACCCACACUAUAAAUACAUUUGAUGAAAUGAAGGGCCGACCUCUACAGAGUUUUCGUCGUCUACAUCAGUGUAGUCAGCACCAACAACCUGUACAGUUCUACUGCUACACUUGUGACAAAGUCGUCUGUGUGUCCUGCACUGUAGUAGAUCACAAAGAAGGGAAGGGACACAACGUCGUGUCCGUGAAUGAAGCACACCAAGGAAAGGCGAAGUCCAUAAAUGAUGUUUUAGGAAAGAUAGAAGAGAAGACAAAGAGACUGAGCGAAACGGAGUCAGCCCUUCAAAAGAAGAUAGAGAACAUCAAAUUGUCAAUGAAGGUAGCAAGAGAUGAUAUCAAUAAAAUCUUUGACAACCUGAAGGAUAGGCUGAAUCAAAGAAGAACAAUCCUUCUAUCAGAUGUUGAGGGGAAAUCUGCUGAGAAUCUGAAGGUUACAGAGGAGGCCUUGGAUUCGACAAGACUACUGCUGACUAAAGUGAAAUCUUCUUCCGAAUACAUGCGACAGAUGCGCAACAAAGCUGACAAGGUAGAAGAUCUUCAAGUAAUGGGAUCAUCUAAGGCAUCUUUGAACUCCAUGUUGAAGGAGUCACCACAGGAAAUACCCUUUGACAGGACUGGAGUCAGCUUUGUUCAAGCAAACGUACAACAUCUGCAGAAUACUAUCAAUGUGGCAGGAAUGGUCAGAUCAGUCACGUUCUCCCCAACAGAGAGGCCGAAUGGUAUCCCAGAUACUGCAGUACACAACGUCAUCACACUGGAACCUGCAGAGUUCCCUACAGACUAGAGAGCUAUGACCGAAACUGCAAUUUUGGGAGAGAGCCAGAACUUGAAGCUGAGUUUGAAAUGACACUGCCCCUAGUUGAAACUUAUAGGGAUGUAAAUGGUGACAGUCAUCUUCCUUUUUUAGCAUAUGAAGCUAUAAAUUAUUACUUACAGCCUUUUCAGAAGAAACUUGGUUCAAGUUCAAAGAAUCUGUACACUAGUAGGUUUUUGAAAUUUUUUCGUUAUUCAAAACCUAGUAACAUGUGUUUCCUGAAGUCUGAGUGCUGUCUGAUGUGACUUACAAAGUCGAUAUUGCAAUUGAUGACGAUGGUUCUGUUGUGGAGGGGCAGUGUGAGUGUGCUGCAGGCCAGGGUCCAUCAGGACAUUGCAAACAUAUUUGUGCAGAGUUAUAUGCUAUGCACAAGUUUUCAACAACUGGCGAUGUUUUAACUGAAGAAACAUGUACUCAAAGAUUGCAAACAUUUCAUAAAAGUAAACCCUAUAAAGGCAGUCCCAUAAAGGCGACUGACCUUGAUUUAUGCAACAGUGAAUUGAAUGUUAUAUUUGACCCACGACCAGUUCAGUAUCGCAAAGUGCCAAAUUACCCUGACUUUUUCCGCAAUGUUUUGUUGAACCACCCUAGUGUCAAUACAUUUCCAGUUGCUCAAAUGUUUCCUCCAGCAAAUCCAUUUGCUGUUAAUCAUGAUCAUGAUUUUCUUAAGUUAUCUUUAGCUGACCAAUACCUGAAAUCCCAGAAUAUAUCAGAAAUAUCAGAUAUGGACAAAACCAACCUUGAAAUAAUAACCCGUAAACAGUCAAAGAGCGAGGAAUGGAAAACUGAACACACACAGAGAAUUUCUUCUUCCAAUUUUAGGAAAAUUUGUUUGGUAACAGACAAAACUGAUUUUCAUAAACUUGCUAGAUCAAUGACUAAGCCUUUCGAGGACAUUCAAAGUCCACCACUUAGACAUGGCAGAAAAUAUGAAAAGGUGGCAAUAAAAGCUUUUGAAAAGUCAAGUGGUUUCAAAACCUCACCAUGUGGCAUGUUUGUGUCAGAUGUUCAUCCAUUUCUCGCAGCUACACCAGAUUCACUUCUCGGUGAUGAUACUACCAUUGAAGUGAAAUGUCCAUUUGCAUCUAAAGACCGUCUAAUCUCUGAGAUAACUGUUCCCUAUUUGAAGGUAUCUGAGGGAAAACUUACCCUUGACAAAAGCAAGCCAUAUUUCUUUCAAUUGCAAAGGCAGCUCUACUGUACUGGUAGAAAACAGUGCAUUUGUAUUGUAUACACGAUGAAGGAUUUGAAAUAUUUUACUGUAUCUCGAGAUGACCAUUUCAUUGAAUCUAUGGUUGAAAAACUUGUGGCAUUUAUGACACCUUUUUUCAAAAAGGCACUACUUGACAAAUUCUAUUUCAGAGAUUAUGACAGGUAUUCCUGGUAAAUUUCAGUUACUGCUGAUACUCAUGUGUCAAUGGUCAUCAGCCCUAUAAACAAGAAAGACAGAAUUGUAGUCUCAAUGUUUAAUGCUGAACAUAUUAUAUUCUGCAUAUAUGGACAUUCACAAACAAAAAGUUAUGAAAAAACUUGCAGGGCUCCAUUUAAGGAUGAUAUUUCACCAGAUGCAUGUUGACGUGAAAAGAGUUGCAUCAGACAAAACCAGGUUGAACUCUGGUCCCAUACAUUGAUGCAUUCACUUGUGUAAAUAAAUACAAUCUCAGAUGUUUAUUAAGACAUUUAGUACUUACUGUUACAGUACUAUGUGACAAUGGCAACCAUCUCUUAAUCACUCCAGUAGUUAUAAGUUGGAUAAUCUAAAUAUCACAAUGUACACACUGGUCCCAUACAUGGAUGCAUUCACUAGUCUAAAUAAAUACAAUCUCAGAUGUCAGUUCGUACUUACUGUUACAGUACUAUAUGACCAGGCACCUCAUUAUCAACUACUUGAAAGAAAAAAUGGUCUUUAAAAAAAAUAAAUCUAAAUAUGUAUGUGAAUCAUUAAUUGCCUGUUUUUAAAUUUGAUGUGAUGCUAUAAUCAACUGACAUCAUUGCUGACUGGCUAGGUUUGAGCACAACCACCAGUGGCUUAGUUAAUGACAUAAAUCCUGCUGGGGUAUCGUGCAGGAAGCAGAGGCACGGUAAGUCCCCAUGAUCCCCGGGUUUGGUUUCUGAUGGCCUAUAACCCGUGUUUUAAAACUGUAUAAAUGAUAUUGUUAUGUCCAAAUGUGUAUGAAAAAAUGUUUUUAAAUAUACCUUUGCAUUCAUGAGUAAAUUGUGUAUAUCAACUUGGUCUCGUCGCUAUAUGGCUGAAAUAGUAUUGAUGUGACAUUAACUUUUAACUCCUUUUGUGACGAUUGCAACCAUCUGUUAAGUACUCCAGUAGUUAAUAGUUGGAAGAUCUAAAUAUAGAUGAAGCUACAGUGCAAUACAUAAUCACAAUUCAGUGUCCAUACUCAUAAAUAUCAUCACUGCUUGAAGCAUACUCCUUCAGCUCUAUAUCUGAGGAAUUACAACUGUCAUGUGAUUAUUAUCUGCAGCUGAACUGUUUGAGGGAAUGAUAAAAAAACAUUGUCAUUGACUUCUUUCUUGUCAUGAUUGCCUUUUAUAACAUCUGAGAGAGCUGAAGCAACAGCACUAAGAUGUGCCAAAUA